CCAUGAGCGAAGACAAAUACACCGUUUGGUCCAACAGCUCCACUUUUCUUAACCUGGAUGACAUUGACGUCUCUGCGGACAAAAGCCCCGUUCUCAGAGUUUUCAUCUGCUCGGUUUAUAUGCUGGUCUGCGCCGCGGGUCUUGUGGGCAACCUUCUGGUCUUCCUUCUCUUGGGGACCAGACAAGAGCGUAAGGCGUCCCGGAUGAACUUUUUCGUGCUUAACUUGGCGCUGACGGACCUGCAGUUUGUGCUGACUCUGCCCUUCUGGGCCGUGGACACGGUGCUGGACUUCAGCUGGCCCUUCGGCAGCACCAUGUGCAAAAUGGUGCUGUCCGUCACUGUGAUGAACAUGUACGCCAGCGUCUUUUUCCUCACGGCCAUGAGCGUCACCAGAUACUUAUCGCUCAGGUCGGCUCUCAAGCGCACGGACGCGCAAAGCCUCCAUUCCGACAAGUGGACCUGCGGCGCCAUCUGGAUCCUCGCCACCGUAGUCACUUUACCCACCUCGAUUUACUCCACCGUCAGCCACGUGAGCGGAGAAAACCUGUGUUUGCUCAAGUUCCCCGGCGGACAGGACUGGCUGGCGGCUUACCACAUUCAAAAGAUCCUCGUCGGCUUCUUGGUGCCCAUUUCCGUGGUGUCUGUCAGCUACAUCAAGCUUCUGCGCGUGAUCCGCACCAGGAGUAUGAAGACGAGUAACCCCAAAAGCAUAUCGCGGGUCACCAAGUCUGUCACUAUCAUUGUGCUCUCCUUCUUCCUCUGCUGGAUGCCCAACCAUGCCAUCACCCUGUGGAGUGUUCUGGUCAAGCUAAAUGUGGCCAACUGGGACAGAAGCUACUAUAUGGCGCACACGUACGUCUUCCCGCUCACCGUGUGUUUGGCCCACGCCAACAGCUGUCUGAACCCAGUCAUAUAUUGCCUCAUGAGGCCCAACUUCAGGACUAAGCUUAGGCUUCUUAUCCACAGACAUGUGUCCGAUAUUUAGUUCAAUUAUUUAUUUAUCUAUUUAUUAAUCUUGUUUGUUUGUUUUUAUGUUUAUUUGUUGUAAACGGGAAAGUCACCCCCAACAUUUUCUUGAGGAUAAGUAUAGCCCACUAGUCUAAAAACGGUAUUCUGAUUAAUAUUGCGUUAUGCAGCAAAAUUCACCCCUUUUUUAGUCAUCUGAGGCGGUGGCCAUUUUGUCACUUGCUUUUGAUUGAAAAUUACAUCGCACUCGCCCGGUGUCAGGUCACAAUCAAUCACGCUUCAAUAUGUGAAAACUGGUUAGCCAUGAUUGGUUGUGACCUGAGACCUGUCAACUGUGAUAUCAUUUUCGGUUGGCAGCAAAUGGCCACCAUUGAGAUGAAUAAAAACAGGAGGAUUGUGCCUGUUUAAUUCAUAUUCCACAAAUAAAACAAUCAGAACUCGAGUUCAGCUGCACAGAACAUAAUUCUACAGAGAAGAUUUUGGGAUUGACUUGCCCUUUAAACUUUGGGUCAGCGCGUAAUUACAUGCAUUUUAGCGAGCUGUUUUUAGUGACGAGUCCUGUGCUUUCGUGGACUCAGUGACAUGUUUAGAUCAGUGGGGGGAGAACUGCCAAAAACCACAGACUGGGUGCUGGGGGUCAAAAUUUCUUGUCCGGGGACUUUUUGUUUUGCUCAUGUCACAGAUUUUGCUGGACAGGGGGGCUAUUUGCAAAGCCUCCCCACUGACUUAAUCGAUCGAAUGACUCCCAACCACCUAUGGAGAUAAAAGUUUUUCAACCGAUUUUCUCUCCCCUGGCUCUAAAUACAAAGCAGAAAAUGGCAAACAUGUACAAUCAAGAUUUGCAUUGAUUUUAAAAUGGAUAAAUGAGUGAAACAAGCCAC